AUGACGACACAACUCUCGGCUUCGUCGACAACAUCCUCUGCUCCAGCUACUGCAUCGGCGUCGAGCAGUCCACUCGAACAGGGAACAUCUGCGGGUUUGAGUGAGGGAGCCAAAGCGGGGAUUGGAGUGGGUGCGUCCGUGGGAGCAAUUCUCCUUGUAAUCGUGACGGUCAUCCUCACCCGCUGGAGUCUGUCUCGGCCGAAGAACAGAGAGGAGCCCAGGUAUGAUGCUGCCGCAUGGCCCCCACUGCAGGAAAUGACGUCCAACUAUCAAGAAGAAUUGCACAGCGACUCCCGGAAGAACGGGGCAAUACAUGCUAGUCGUGCCUCGGAGUUGCCUGGAGAGUAA